UUCCCGUCACAUUGGCUCUUUUGGGUGCAAUGUGAGCUGUCGACACUGGCUGCGGCUCGUUUAAAAAUGAUGGGGAUUUAAAAGUGGGGACCAAAGCAAAGGGACUCGGCAUCUUUCUCUCUGCAUCCCCUCCGCUGCCUAUAGGCUUCAGAGGAUCAUGCAACACCUUAAACCAUGGCAAGCUCUGCUCCUUUUAAGCGUGUUGUGUCGACCAGCAAUCUCAGAUAAAUACGGUUGUCUGUUUGAGAGAAAACUGUGCUCAAGGGACCAGUUCUGCUCUGAUGACGGGCUGUUUGGUCAGUGUCACAGCACUAAGCAGGACAUGGUCCAGUACCAGGUGUCAGUUCCUGUUCUGAAGAGGAUGCAGGAAGUCCUCAAACAACUCAUGCUACAAGGUCUCUCCUGGCAAGACGACAUCACACAGUAUAUCUUAUCAAAGGAGCUGAAGAGAGUUCCCCAUACCACCCACCCCUCUAAGCCAAGCUCCUCUUCUCAUCCGUCUCAGUCCAAACAGAACACCCCCCACCACCACAGUGCUAAGUCAGGGUCCGCACCUUCUGGUGGAAACUAUGUGGACUACAUGAUUGUCGAGCCUCCUCAAACCCCGCUACGCAUGCAGACGGCCUCCAUGGACCCAUACACAUACCAGCAGCAUAGAUAUCAAGAUGAUGUAGAGAGAUCACUCAUCGGAGCGGGAGCCGGUUAUGCCCGCCCCUCUUCAAGGUCCCAGCCCAAUCAUAGAGAGCGAGAGCGUGACAGGCAGCUGCUACAGGAAGCCUUGUCUCUCUACCUGGCGUCUGCACAGCCCUCUUAUCGCCACCGAGGGGCUGCUGCCAUGGCUCCUGCAGCAGGUCUGCCCUAUUAUGAGGACUUGGAAAUGGAGAUGCCAGUGGAAUAUAUGGAAGACUACACCCUAGAGGAGAGACUUGGUCCUGCUGGCAGACAACAAGCGCUGCAGAAUAAAAAAGUUCCCCAGGACAUCAGCACUCUCUCUGGAAACAAUGAUGGCCUUCUGCAGAGGAUGUCAGGAGUGUUGCAGAGGUACGGAGUUGACCCAAGAGAGCUCAGUCAAGAGCAGCUAUACAAGCUAGCCCUCAUUCUGCAGCUGAUGCAGAAUGAGAAAGACAAAGACAAAACAGAUCCAAUUGAGAAAAACCUCAUAACCCUCAAGGAGAUGCAGCUUGUAAAAACCGACGGUGUGUCCCAUAAGCCGGAGAAGCCUGCCCCUGUUCCCGGUCCCCCUAAUGCCCCUCCUGCCCCCUCCUCUGCCUCAACCCCAGUAACUACUCCAGUCAAAAGCGUCAGUCUGCCCCCUGCUGCUUCCCAGCCGCCGCAGGCCGCUCCUGCUGAAGCUGGUAAAGGCUUGAAAGAGCAGGGGGUGCCACUGGUUGAGGGUACAGGAGCCAAGGAGCAGUAUGGGUACAUUGUCACCAACCAGAGUCCUCUGAGUUUAUAUGAUGGAGUGAAGUUGUUGGAGCUACUGGCUGAUAAGAUCCACCUGACAACCAGCAGCUUCAUCAACAUCAGUGUGGUGGGCCCUGCGCUGACGUUCCGUAUCUGGCAGAAUGAUCACAACAUGACGGCUGCGGAGGUGGCUGCUAAAGCCGUAUCUGAAAAGAACUUCCUGGAGUCUGAGACGGGCCUGAAGAUUGUGCAGGCUGGUGUGGGAGAGAGGACAAAUGCACGGGGUCUCCCUCAGGUAACCAAGGUUUCCCAGGGCUCCAGUGGUACAGUCAUCACCCUUGUUUCCAUGGCAGUCGUAGGAGGCGUGCUGGUAUUGGCCAUGGCCGUAGCUUGUCUCCGCCACUAUGCUCAGCAAGUGGCCAAUGGCAAGCUUGGACUGGGGCCAGAGGGAGGAGCAGAAACACACUUUGACUACCAGGAGCUAUGUCGGCAGCACAUGGCGUCCAAAUCCUCCCUGUCCCGCCAGGAAUGUAUGGCCGGGGUUAGCAGCAGCAUGGCGGGGUCUGCCAUAGGCACGGGUGCUGGCGGCCGUAGGGGUACGGACACUUCCCGCGUCAGCAGCGUUUCCUCCCAGUUCAGUGACGGCCCUCAGCACAGCCCGUCCUCCACCCACAGCUCCACCCCGUCCUGGAGCGAAGAGCCAGCCCAGACUAACAUGGACAUCUCCACUGGUCACAUGAUACUGGCUUAUAUGGAGGAUCACCUGCGUAAUAAGGACCGCCUUCAGAGGGAGUGGGAGGCUUUGUGCUCGUACCAGGCUGAACCCAGUUCAGUAGCUGUGGCUCAAGCACCGAGCAACAUGGACAAAAGCAGACAUCCUGAAUCAAUCCCCUAUGAUCACUCUCGGGUGAAGCUGAAGACUGAAGUAAACUCCAAUAAACAAGACUACAUCAACGCCAGCCUCAUUUGUGAUCAUGACCCUCGCCAGCCAUCUUAUAUCGCCACACAGGGACCAAUGGCUCACACUGUCGCUGAUUUCUGGCAGAUGGUGUGGGAGAACGGCUGCACAGUGAUAGUGAUGAUGACAGCGCUGGUGGAAGAUGGAGAGAAGCAGUGCGAGCGAUACUGGCCAGACGAGGGCUCAUCACUCUACCACAUCUAUGAGGUGAAUCUGGUGUCAGAGCACAUCUGGUGUAAGGACUUCCUGGUGCGAAGCUUCUACCUGAAGAACGUCCAGACGCAGGAGACCAGAACCUUGACGCAGUUUCACCUGCUGAGCUGGCCGGCUGACGGCAUCCCCACCUCCACGCGGCCGCUGCUCGACUUCCGCAGGAAGGUGAAUAAAUGCUACAGAGGUCGCUCCUGCCCUAUCAUCGUUCACUGCGGUGAUGGCACGAGCCGGACUGGCGCAUACAUCCUCAUUGACAUGGUGCUGAACCGCAUGGCUAAGGGAGUGAAGGAGAUCGACAUUGCAGCCGCACUGGAGCACAUCAGAGACCAGCGACCUGGCUUGGUCCGCACCAAGGACCAGUUUGAGUUUGCGCUGACAGCAGUAGCCGAGGAGGUGAAUGCAAUCUUGAAAGCCCUGCCACAGUGAGCUGAGGACGCAGUGAGGACAUCCACAGGCAAACAAAAGAAAUACUCAUGAGGACACACUCGUACGAUCCAGUCACGUUUGUCUGGCCAUCAUUGUAAAUAGGAAUUUGCUCUACCACACUUGGAGCAGUUACUGCUCUUGAUUUCAGCAUGCAGUAUUUUACCAUCUACUCAUUUUCUGGGUUUUUUAAACUUUUGGGAACUUAUGAUUUCUGGCAGGAUUUAAAAUAUGGACAGUAGAUCAAAUUUGUUCACCGAUAUGGCACAAAUGGUAUCUUUGCUCAGUGACGUUUUUACCUAAUCAGACAACAAUAAAGCCAUCGGAUGUGAAUUACAAAGAGUAAAAACCUGCAUAUACUGUGCCCUUAACGUCUGACAGGAUAGAGUUAAUGACAUAAUAUUGAAGUGUAACGUUGUUUACCUAUCUGACUCCAUCUUUGCCUCACCUACCCUUUUAUUGGACAUGAUUACCUCAAUGAUCAAUCAACUCAACAGAUGAUUUACCACCAAAUCUGAGGGUUUGUUUGGCUGUUGAACAUUACAAUGUUCUUGAACUAAUGUUAAAAUAAUAUUAGAUCCCUUCACAAACGUAUCUAUCUGGUUGUUAAACAGUAAGGUUUCAAUUUGUUUUAACCCUCUCAGUGUGUUGUUACGUGUCCACCAGAAUACUGUAUGCUACUGUGUGUUGAUUUCCAGCAGGUUUUUAUUUGUGAGGCUUGUCUUUGCCUUGACAACAUGAUUGUUUUCUUCCAGCACUGGUCCGUUUGGAUGCUGUACCUUGACCACAAAGUCCACCUCACCGCUCUCCUCUUUCAGCACACAAAGUGACUUUGUCUGGAUUCUUUCAAUGUCUUACUCAGUGUACGUACAACCUUGUGAUUUAUGUAAAUAAUUCAUCCUGAUGAUUGUGUUUAUUUCAUGUAGCAGACGGAUAGAAAAUAUCUAUAAAAAUGUAUUUUUGACUUGACUUGAAUAAAUUUGUGACGUGACGCAGCAAAAAAGCUA